UGGAAACACCUAGAUUGCACAACGCCCUGGCCAGAGGUGCCAUCCACAGCAAUAAAAAGCCGACAGAUAAGACACAUCGGCAGGGCCCUACGAGGAGCAGAUCCCUGUGUACGCCAGCUGUCUGCCCACUACAGAGAUGGUGCAAGUGACUUCCUUCCUUCUAGUGCUCAGCCUGGCCCUGGUGGCUCCCGGCUUCUCUGAGAGAAAGUGGGAGCUGGAAGGCCACUGGAUCAACGGCAUGGGCCACCUGCUGAUCAUCGGGCCUGUGGAUCAACAAGGCAGAUUUAAUGGGACGUACAUCGUUGACAAGCCAUAUACACUGAAAGGGUUCCAGCAUAGCAUGAACCAGAAUAGCCAGAUAUUGGAAUUGGAAUUGGAAUUCACCGUCUACUGGUCAUCAGACAAGAAGACCAUUUUCAAAAGAAACUCCUUUCUGAAUUACUGGGGGAAUAAGGUUCUGAAGACCACCUGGUUCCUGAUGUCACACAAGCACCGCUGGAUAACAAUCAGGAGUGGCACAUAUUACUUUGGCCGCCUGUGCACAUGCAAGAAGGAUUGCCCCGGGGUGGAUUUCAAUGCUGAAGGAAGCACCUGGGAUACAAACCCCAUCUCCUGCUCCACCACAGGCCUGCACUCACAGGAAAAGUUUGGCAGUUUUGAGACUGGUGAGGGUGACUGGGAUGCAGACCCCAUCUCAGGCUCUACCACCUGCUUCUAAUAUACAGAUUCCAUCUCCUGUCCCACCACCUGUUUCUAAUUAGCACACCCCAUGUCUUGCCCCACUACCUGCUUCUGAUAAUAAAGCUUUGCUGCAAACACA